CUUGUUGGCCAUUCAUGUAGUUUCUGCGUCCUUUACUUUUAAGCUGUGAAGUUUCGUUUUCUAUUCUUUUGAUGUUCUUAGAAGCAUGCUGAUUUUACCUCUCUGUCUAGUCUAAAAGUUGUUUUUUUUUGUUGUUAAAUGUUUGAGUAACACAGUUAGUCAGUAAUGCUAGGCAUUACAGUUUCCCAUGUCUUAUGUUACUAUGGGUUGGUGUAAAACACGUUAAAUUAUUUUGAAGUGCCUCAGAGUACUUGGUAAUUGUUCCUGAUCUUCACAAUUCUCAAGGAAAUCCGUUGAGUUAUCGUCGAAGGGAGAGUAGCAACUUGUUGGAUGGAAAUCUUCUAGCAUCUGUUGUUCCCAGAGAAGUCAGAUGUCAGAGUAGAUCAGAAUGGUCUUCUUCAUAUGCAAUGGAUGUGGAGAAUCUGUAAAGAAAGCUCAAGCAGAAAAACAUAAAUACAUCUGCAGAAACUGCACAUGCCUUUCUUGUAUUGACUGUGGUAAAGACUUCUGGGGUGAAGCAUACAAAACCCAUGUAAAGUGCAUCAGUGAAGAUCAGAAGUAUGGUGGAAAAGGCUAUGAAGCGAAAGCCAACAAAGGAGAUGUUAAACAACAGCAAUGGAUACAGAAAGUUCAUGAAGCAAUCAACAAACAAAAUGUAAAUCCAAAAGUGCGCAGCAUCUUAAAACAGAUAGAGUUUUAUGAUAACAUACCAAGGAAGAAAGCAAAGUUUCAGAAUUGGAUGAAAAAUAGCCUAAAGAUUUCUAAUGCAGAUUUACAAGAUCAGGUGUGGGAAGUAUUCUCUGCAGCUGUGAACAGCGAAUCAUCUAAUCAACAGCAAGGGAAUAAACACCAAGUUUCAGAAAGUCCUCCUGCAGAUACUGAUGAUGGGGAAGAGCUGGUGUCAGAAGAGGAAUCACAAGACUGUAAGGGUGACAAAAAAGAAGAAAUCCAGAAAAAGAAAAAGGAAAGAAAAGAAUCGCAUUUUGAAAACCAAGACUUUGAUACUGAAAAGAUCGAACAUAAAAUACACAGUGUAGAAAAUGGGGUUUCUGAAAGAGAUACUGAUAAAAACAGUGAAGGAGACAGACACUCUGCAAAAAAGAAGAAAAAACGAAAAAGGCAAGACAGCCAAAAUCAAGAGGAUUCGAAAGAAAGUAUAGAAACUAGUGUGAUAGGUAAGAUGACAGAAGAAAUGGCAGAUGAAAGUAUGAAAAACACUGAAACAGAGAAAAAGAAGAAGAAAAACAAAAAGAAGACACAGCUUGAAGAUGAGAUUGCAGACAUUAGUUUUGAAGCACGGAGAGUAGAGGAAGAUAUUUCAUCACAUAAAAAGCAUAGAAAACACAAAAAUAAAAGACAAGAAGAUGAAUCAGACGGACCACUGGUUAGUCAGAAUCUUGAAGACCAUGACAGCAGCACGGUAGUAGAAGAAAAUGAAGAGGAGCAACGAGGCAAAUUUAACUGGAAGGGAACAAUUAAGGCUGUUUUAAAGAAAGCCCCAGAUAAUGAAUUAUCAAUCAAGAAACUGAAAAAGAAGGUUUUAGCUCAGUAUUAUACUGUGACUGGAGAUGCCAACUGGAGGACUGAAAAUGAGGUUUUGUCCAUUUUUAAUAAGAAAAUCAAAAGCAACCCUAAAUUUAAAGUUUUUAAAGAUAAAGUAAAACUUGCUAGAUAGACUACACAUAGCUCACUGGAAAUCGGUACUGUAUUUCUGAAUGUGCGAUCAAGCAACAGAAGUAAAUCUGGAAAGUAUGUGAACUCGUUUGUAAUCAGUAUGCUGCUGUACUUCUCAGAAGUAUGAGACAGAAUGCAUGUUUGAUUUUACAUGGACCACUUACAGUGUCAUUUCCCAUUCUACAAGAGUACAUACUUUGAACAUCUUGAUUGGCUGCUUAAAAUGUAUGUAAUCAUUUUAAAAUAAUGUUUGCGCUUUGAUAUGUCCUCAACUUAGCCACUGGCUGUUAGCUCCUCUGCUUUUCCUUACUGAGACAUUAUUUUUGGAAAAGUUUAGUAGAUGUAUUAAAAUGACCUGAUGUGCUGUACAGCAGGGUUUCCUGGAAUAAAAUAAAUAAUUUUAUGUGAUAUAAUGA